GCCAUCGUCAUAGAAAUUUCUUCCCAAAACACAAAUAGUGACUGAUUUUGUGGCAGAAAAGUAUAAAUUUUCGUGAAUUAAACUUUUUCCGUGGGAUUUUCUCGUGAAUAAGACGAUGCCCAGGAAGAAGGGAAAGUUAAAUGCGAUUUCAAAUGUUCAAGAAGGAAGAAAAAACUAUGUAUCUGACGAUGACGAUGACAGACCUCUGGGGGAGCUGAAGAGUACAAGAGGAGAACGGAAGGCUAAGUUUUCCAUGAAACAGCUGAUUGCUGAAGAUGCAGGGAGAUCCACAAUGAAGCUGCCUAAAAAGGAAAGAGACUCUUCAUCUGAAGAUGAAUUUGAGUUAAUCAACAUUGAUGAAAUUGUCAAACGGAAUCCUCCUGUGGAUGAGGAAGUUGAGGGAAUUCCCAAAAGCUGCACCGUUAUGGAUAGACACGGCAAGAAAGAGUACAAGUGUGGCAAAUGCCCAAAAGUAUGUUCCAGACCAAGUAAGCUCAGGAAGCACUUCCGGAAGCACACUGGGGAGAUGAGAGCAAAAUGGUACAACUGCGAACACUGCUCCAAGCAAUUCUCGACAGCACUGAAACUUGAGAAGCACCUAAUUCGAAGGCAUACUAAUGAAUUCAAUCACAAUCCAGGUGCCAGCUCAACAAAUACCCUAGAAAAUGUAGUGAUAAAGAAGGAACCAAUUUACUUCCCAAAUGAUCCGGAAUUUGAAAUUAAGCAAGAACCUGUUGAUACCUACGAGAAUUACCUUCAACCCAAAACGGAACUCAUUGAGUACACACCUCCACGUCCGGAAUCAUCACAAUCCUCGGAUUACUUUGCCGAUGAUCCGGCUGAUGGAAAUUGGCAGCCACCGGAAGUGAAAUCACCUGUAGUUGAGGCAGUUGAGAAAGUCAAGCCACCUAGUAGGAAAGAAAUAAAGUCAACAAAAGAUACGGAAGAUAGUGAUGGGAGAAUGGUGAAAAAGCGUGGGAGGAAGCCAUCUGCGAAGCCAAAGGAACUCAAAGAACCGAAAGAAAAGAAGAAGAAACUCUCAAGGAUGGAACUGUGGCGAUUGAGGCCACACAAGUGCCCGUAUUGUAUCAAAAGAUAUGCAGCAAAGGAAAAUUUGGAUGCACAUCUGGAAUUUCACACAAGGAGAGAAAAACCCUUUCCCUGUGAUCAGUGUGAGAUGUCUUUUGACACAUUUGGCGCUCUUCGUUUCCAUAUUGGAAAGAUUCAUGUUGAUAGAAACUGCAAAGUUUGCGGUGAACUGAUGGCAACACUCACAGAUCAGUUACGUCACAAGACAAUGCAUCAGGACAAGGAAGCCUACAAGUACGAGUGUGAUAUUUGCAAUAAGCGCUUUGCUAGGCUGUCGUCGGUGAAGCUGCACAAGGAGAAGAUACAUUCGGGUGGUCCCCUUAAGUGUCUCAAUUGUCCUCUUACAUUUACAAAGCCCGUCUACCUCUUAGGGCAUGCCCUGGAAAAGCACAACGAUGACAGACCCUUUGGUUGUACAAUCUGUAGCUACCGUAGCAAUCGUCAGUACCAUGUUGACAUCCACGAGCGAUCCCAUUCGCUUGAUAUGCAGUACAACUGCGAACUCUGCGGACGUUUCUUCACCAACAUGAGUAAUUUCAAUACGCACAAAAAGCAGCAUGAGAAUAAUCCAGUUGAUAUUGAAUACAGAACCUGCAAGGAAUGCGGUAAAGUUUUUGCACGGAGAACCUACCUAAACAAACACAUGAAGAUCCACACAGGUGAUCUACCCUUCCAGUGUGCCAACUGCGAAAAGAGAUUCACCACAAAGGGCCAGUUAACUGCCCACAUGGUUAUUCACACAAAUAGUCGACCCUAUCAGUGUGAUAUUUGCGCCAAGACUUUCCCUCGUUCGGGUACGCUCAAAAUUCACAUGCGUUUCCACACAAAUGAACGCCCCUACCAAUGCAGCAUAUGCUCCAAGGCCUUCCAUUCAGCCACACUGCGGAGCACGCACGAAAAAACGCAUACAGGUGACACGAGGAAGUACACGUGCUCGUACUGUGGGAAAGUCUACGUGAGUCACAAAUUCUACAAAGGACACCUAAGGCUCCACGAGGAACAGAAGUUGAACUUCAUGUGUCCCACGUGUGGGGAAUGCUUCAUAAAUAGCACCCGAAUGAACAAACAUGUCCUCACCCAUAUGAAGGACCUCAUACCAGGAGAACAAGUAGUGGUGAUGCAUCAGUAAAAAAAUAUCAAAAAUAAAUAUCCUAAUAAGUCAUAUUAUUUAUUGA